AUGACCUUAAGCAGAGAAUCUAAGCCUAGCGAAAACCCCACGAUCACCAACGUGUUGUUCGACGUUGCAAACAACAGCUCCUUCGGGGAUAGAUCUAAGAGGCAACACAUUUCCGACCAUAAGGGUGGCCUUCUUACCACACUACACGAACUGUCCGGAGUACAUACCCUCAGCGGCGACGAACAGUUCCUUCUGCUUCUUGUAACGGAAUGGGUGACGGAACACGACGCGAGCUUAGGGCGCACCGCGGCCUGGGUCGUGGAUAACAUCGGUGACGACGCCUUUGAGGUAGUCGUUUCGUUCACCGAAGUCGAGGCUGCGAAAAUGGGCGGGACCAACGGAGAUGCAGAGGGCUGUCUAUUUGAAGAAAUUGGCGGCAAAAAAUAA